GUAUUUGUGAAAAAAAAAAAAAAAAAAAAAAAAAGUCACGUGGAGUAUCUGUAGUAGGCACGGUGUAGUAGGCAUUUUUAUUUUAGGUAUAUAAAUGGACGCGAUUCUACGGUAAAAUGUCAAGCAAUCGGUAAAUAAAUAUAUAAUAUUCGAAAACGCCAUCCUCUCGAAGAUGGCAUAUCGUUCGAAAGAUAUCUGUGAAUCAGCAAUCGCAAGCAAAACGGAGGAAUAAAUUAGGAACCCAAAUGGAGUAAUUAAUCUUCUCCAUUUGACAAUUCGUCAGCUGGAAUUUGACAUGUGUAGCGAGACCUAACCUUAAACGUCACAGUACGCCAAGCUGUCAAAAUUGUCGAAAACUAUAAAAAACGAACUGUGACAUAUGAGCUGGUAAAAUGAACAAAAAGGUGGUCAUCACGUUUUAUCUGCUGUUAAAUGUCAUCUUCUCGAUUGUAAUCGUACUGUUAAACAAAUGGCUUUAUAUUCAUACUCGCUUUCCGAACAUCACGCUGUCCAUGAUACACUUCGCUAUGACAUUUAUCGGCUUGAUAAUCUGCGAGAAGUUGAAUGUAUUUUGCGUCAAGGACAUCGACAUCAAGGAGAUGGUGCUGAUUGCCAUGACGUUUUGCGGAUUCGUCGUUCUGACGAACUUGAGCUUGGCGCAUAACACAGUUGGAACCUAUCAGGUGGCGAAAAUGUUAACGACACCCUGUGUGAUAAUUAUGCAAAUGAUAUUUUAUAAAAAGCAUUUUAGCAUGCUCGUUAAAUUAACAUUAAUACCGAUUACACUAGGGGUCGUCAUCAAUUUUUAUUACGAUAUACAAUUCAAUGUCAUUGGAACCAUUUACGCGACACUUGGAGUGCUUGUAACAUCCUUGUAUCAAGUGAUGAUAAACAGGAAGCAGAGAGAAUUUCAGAUGGAUCCGAUGCAAUUGUUAUUUUAUCAAGCACCAUUGUCCACUGUUAUGCUGUUGAUCGUUAUUCCAAUCUUGGAACCAGUUGGGCAAACUUUCACGCAUAAUUGGUCACUAUUGGAUAUAAGCAUGGUGAUUUUAUCAGGCAUGGUUGCAUUUUUUGUAAAUUUGACUUCCUAUUGGAUCAUAGGAAAGACUUCACCUUUAACAUAUAAUAUGGUUGGACAUUCCAAAUUUUGCCUCCUUUUGUUGGGAGGUUCAUUACUUUUCCACGAAACACUAGCGAUAAAUCAAGUCAUUGGUAUAACUCUGACAUUAGUGGGAAUUAUAUUAUAUGCACAUGUCAAAAUGAAAGACAUCCAGACUAUAGUGCCAGAAUAUGAAGUCAGAGAAACGAAACCUUUGUACAAGGUAUGAUUUCAUAGUUGCAGCUGGAAUUGAAAGAAAUUUAUCAUAGUACUUAAUGAUAUGACAUAAAUUUUGUAAGCUUAAAGUCUAUAUUACAAUAAAGUUUAUUUAUUACUCCCUAA